UGUUCAGAUCGCGCCUUGACUAACAUCUCACUGUGAAUUAUGUGCAACAUGCGGCUGUCGAGCUUAAGGCUACUCUCAGUCUUACUUGGCUACUUAGUAGCUCAAGCAAAGGCUUACCCUAUGCAGGGAUGGCCAAUGUACCCGCAAACCUCUAGGGAGUACCCCGAUGAUGAAUAUUACUAUGCUCCCAAAGUGCAAUACUUUUACGAUGCACCGGCGAUCAGUGUGCCUGACAUGCACGCUCAGGUCCCAUACCCCUACUUUUACGACCCCUAUGGUCACUUCAUUGCAAAUGAAGCACCAAAGCGACAAGAAGAAAGACUAGCAGCGCUACCUAUCGGACAAGAAACUUGGUUCGAGAGUGACACCACGCCCCGCUGGCAAUCCAACGACGUUGAUGACGUCAGUGCAGCCUUCCUCGACAAUUUGAUUCUUACACAAAUGGCUCAAGACGCACAGAGGCGGCGCGAGAAUGCCCGCGCAGCCUUCCCGCCUGUUGAUUACGAGGAGCACGAUGCCGAGGAUGAAGAUGUUCGAGAACUGAAGGCUUUAGCAGGAAAACCUCUGUAUCAUGUGCCCAAAACUGUGCCCAGGAUUGACGACGAUGACUACGCUUCAGACGACGGCUUUAUCAACUGGAACGGAAACAAAAGAAGCGUCACUACAGCUGCCCCUGAGAUUACCACCGUAUCGCCGAAAGCUGGAGACAAGGAAGUCGUGAUGCCCCGGCCUGCCAACAACCCGUUCAGCCACGGACACCAGAACAGUCAGAACAAAAGAAGCAACGCCUUCUACGAUACUAUUGUUCAGUACUUCGCGGACAAGUCAGCAAACAAAAAAAUACAAGAUCCAGCAAAAGGACGAAGAAUUGAAAAACGUUUCAUUGCAGACGACUCGGAUCUAGUUGGGGAACUUCGAGGCCUAAAACACCGCAUCGCCACUUAAACUAACACUUCAGAAUUAUCGCCAACAAAUAUGAGACUGAGUAAUAAGUAGACUAAAUAGUUACGCAGCGGCGACAUCAUGGGUUCGCGUUACGGGCAAACAAAACAACAAAAAAAUAUAUUAACAUUUGUCACGCGUAUAAUGUAUCCAUUUCAUAAAGUUUUGUCGUCCACUUCGAAUAAUAAGUAAAUUUGUGUCAAUGACGAUUAUAUUACAAAAAAAAAGUUUAGAAGAUCCUUUUCUAUCUCUAUGAACACUUCUUCCGGUAAAGAACUAGUGGUAGUUACGUUAAGCGUGAGUACGGGUGUAAAUGAUGGUACAAAAUGUGACUAUAAUCUCCAUUAGAACAAAUGAGUCGUUGACUGAAAAAUGCAUGAUAUAAUUAUAAUAAAAGUUGCUCCUUCAAUUGGCAGCUAUGUCGCACAAUGAGUGCAAUUUGUAAAUAUGGGUAGGUACUGAUCGUCUAAGACUUAUAAUUAUUUAGAUAGAAGUCAAUACAUCAAAACACUUAACGAUAAGAAACAUUUAAAUCUAUUUUUUAUUUUGUAUAAAAAUGCAGGGGUAUCUUACUGCUUUUUCGAUUGCGAACGAUAAUGUCAAAGAAAUUUUGUAAAACGAAUUCUUCAAAAUCUUAUGUACUAUUUUUAUUUUUAGAAAAUUAGGUAAUCACGAAAAAAUACCUAAUAUUACCUAUUUCUUUUCAUCAUGUUAUUGCAUAAUUUGGCCUAUCUGGAAAACAUUGUAUUUUCUCUCGGGUGCUAACUCAUUAUUUUAAGUUAAACUUACUAACGGUCUAUGCAGACAAUACCACGAAACAAACUUUUUGCAAAGCAAAAACGUACACAAACUUAAUAUACGAAUAUAUCUAUUUAUCUGUUAGGGUUAAGAUUCUCUCGGAAAGCAGAGGAUUACGUGAUAUUUUAGCUUUACUGCUUCUUAUCCGAAGUUAUUGAAUAUGGCAUUUGGUCUAUGAGACCGAAAAAAAAAAUACAAAAAAAAAUCUUUGUUACCCCUUUUCUAUUUGCUAUUUUAAAACAAAACAUUUGCUUUUGUUCGUAAAACAAUCAUUUUUGUACACACAUUUUCAAACAUUCCUAAAUUGUCCUAAUUAAGAAUCACCAUUUAUAAGAUUUGAUAAGUAAUUGUAUCUUUCAAAAGUACAUAUCUGUUUAAAAGUAAAGUCAAAUUACUUUCCUAUGUUGAAACUACACGAUCCUUUAACUUAGAAUAAUGUUAUAUAAUACGGCCUGUAAAGUAUUACUAGUUGAUGUUAAACAUUAAAAUUAAAUUGUAAAAUACAGUUAGGGUUCUGUACACAUUUCGGUUUAAUCUCAGUAAUUACUUUUACAGUCUGCAAACUCGUAAAAUAGUCGUUGAAGCCUAAACAUUUAUGAUGUAGAUAAACUUAAUUUUGUAUACUAACUUGUCCAAGCAGGUGUUUAGAUACCGUUUUGCAAAGUAUUGCUCAGAAUAUUGUCUAUCUGUAGAUACAUAAAUUGCUAUCUGUGUAUUUGUAUUUUGUAUAGGCAUUACUGUAUUUUAAUAGAUAGGUAUUUUUUUAAUUAUUGCCUACUUGUAACUGAAAAUGAAACUAUGGAUAUGAAUCCAGACUUUAGCGAGCUAUGAAAUUGUAUCAAUAUAAACGACAAAACAUUAUUAAAAUCAUUACGUAAAUUGUA